AUGUCGGAGAAAGCAACAAGUGGUCAGGCUGGAGCCCAGCUAAAUGUCUCCGGCAGACGCAGCUCGACUCCCCCGUCCAAUGGCAUUGAGAAUCGUUGCCUCAUUGCGUUGAUUGUGUAUAUUGCUCUAUUGCUAGACAAUGUGCUGUUGACCGUGAUAGUGCCCAUAUUACCAGACUAUCUGGCCAGCCUGGAUAAAUUUGCGGACGAAGCGUAUCGUGUAGAGGACGGAACAUCUCCAUCCUCACCGAUAAUACAUCAGAUGACUUAUCGCAAUGACGAGCCGACGCAAUUCUACAUGACCAAGCAUCCAAUACCCGGCAAAUCGAUGGUGAAUUUUACACUGUUGCAGCUAACGACCACAACGAUGCCCAGUCACUCAGUUGGCAAUAAUGUGACCAUAGUCAAAAACACAACCACAGCAACAACAACAGCCACAACCACAACUGCAAGCAACAUCAACAGCAAUUUUAAUGACCCCAAUAACAGCAUCGGCAGCUUGGCUAGUGAAAAUGGCUCCAUUGGUCUGCUGUUGGCCAUGAAAGCGUUGGUUCAAUUGAUUUUCAAUCCCAUUGUUGGCAAUAUGUCAAGCAAGUGUGGUUACCGACUGCCUAUCGUGGUGGGCACCUGUUUCCUGUUGCUUUCGUCGCUUGUGUUUGCCGUGGGAGAAUCCUAUUGGACCUUGUUGCUGGCUCGUGCUGUUCAGGGCGUCGGAUCCGCCUGCAUUGGCGUGUGUGGCAUGAGUUUGGUGGCACAGCAUUAUCCAGAGGAGGCACGACGCUCCAAGGUCAUGGGAAUAAUACUCGGCAGCAUUGCACUUGGUGUCCUAAUUGGAUAUCCGUUUGGUGGCAUCCUCUAUGAUUUGGCGGGUAAAUCGGCACCCUUUAUUAUUCUCUCGACGGUCAUCUUUCUGAACCUCGGCCUGCAACUGCUUACCAUGGAUUUGUCCGUGCAGCCAGAGAUUAUGGUUGUCAAGCAUGAGACCAAAUGGCGACCGCUGCUCGAGUGCAAAAUGAUAUUGGCCAUUGUCAUUGCCAUCUGGCUGUCCACUUCCACAAUGGCCAUAUUAGAGCCGUGUUUGCCAAUCUGGUUGAUUCAGUAUCUAAAGCCAAAUAAGUGGCAAUUGGGUACAGUGUUUAUUCCGGACUCCGUUGGCUACUUCGUGGGCACCAACUUCUUUGGCAGCAUCGCCUAUCGUUAUGGCCAGGUAAAGAUCUCCUGCAUCAGUCUGCUGCUUGUGGGAAUUGCCUCGAUUUUGAUUCCCAACGCCACAACAGUUGCCCAACUUCUAUUACCGCACUUUGCCCUGGGUCUUGGCAUUGGAGUGAUCGAUGCUGCGUUGGUUCCUCUGCUUGCCACCUUUGUGGAUGCCACGUUGGCCCAGGAGGAAGGCGGAGAAGCCAACAAUUCAAUGUCCAGUUACGGUACGGUCUAUGCCAUACAACAAACUUCAGUUAGUUUGGCCUACUGCCUGGCUCCUUUGAUUGGCGGAGAGUUGGCACAGUCAUUUGGGUUCGCCUGGCUAAUGCGCAUUGUGGGCGUGUUUAACGUCAUCUACGGCCCCAUAUUAGUAUAUUUGUAUCAGAAAUACGAUCCCAAGACACUGAGAGAAAAUCAAAAUGCUUUACUGAUGCAGACCAGUGGACGUGGUUCGCGAUACAAGCAGCUCUAUAACUCCAUGGAUCUUGAAUAAUUACAACCCUGAAUAUAAUCUUAAGCAAUAUAGUAUUGUUCUUAUAGUAGUCAAUCGCCAUGUAAAAACAGCACCAAACUUCAAAUCUAUACAUCUCUUUUAUUUAUGCUUUACUUAUAACAUGGCCAUGACUUAAGUCUCAUCCGAUCCCUACACUUAUAUGGGAGCGGAGAAAAUAUAGUUUCAUUCUGACUUUAAAACCCUUUCGGACCACAACUCGAAUGAGUUUCCAAAUUUUUCAUAUUUUUCUAAUAUUGCAAUAGA